GCUCGGCCUGGGCGGGGUUGGGGCCUCGGAGGCCCCUCCCCGGAGCGGGCCUGAGGGGCGCCCUCCAGAGGGUGCUCAGGACGGCCGAUCCUGACCCGCCCGGGAGUCAGCCUCAAAGCUGCGUGGCGAAGCUGCCUUAGGCGACGGGGCAGGUGUGCGGUGUCUGUCGCAUGGGGGUUGGGGUUCAGGAGAGGCCUCUGGACUUGGGUGCGAACGUCAGAACUGCACUGAGCUGCACGAGAAGUGAGGUGGUCGCUUGUCGCCUGGAGGCCUCGGGUGAUGGAUUCACUCUUCAGGUGGCCAAGAAGCUCUGAGGAGAGAGGAAUUUAUUCUCCUCCACGUCCCAGCCAUGCCCAGCCUCAGAGCUCGCUCUGAAGAGGCAGAAAUGGAGCCCUCAGUUCCUAGACCAUCCCCUUGGAUCCCUGCAGCCCAGGCGUGUGUGAGUGAUGCUCCUGCUGUGACCCACCCUGGAUCAACACUCCGUGAUCCCCACUGCUGUGACUACACUGAGCCAGGAACCACCCCUUCUCACCAUCAGCGGCCAGAUUGGGACACCAGGACUGAGGACAAGGAGUUUCUUCAGAAGAGAGAAGUUUCUGAGGAUUUGGAAUCACAGGCAGAAGUAUCAGAAAACUAUACCAGUGAUUUUUCCCAGGCUUCUGAGCUUGGAGAACUCUGUGAGGAUGUCCUGGAGGGAGAUUGGGCAGCCCCUGACAAUGAGAAACGGGUGCAGUCCCACUACCAGGAGCGGGGCUUCACACCAGUGGCAGUGCUCCUUAGCAGCACCUUAGAGAAAGAGCUAGGCUGUAAUGACUUUGUGAGAAGCUUCAGUCUGAGCCCAAACCCAAUGGCAUCUCAGGGAAUUCCUACAGAAGAGAGAACACAUAUGUAUGACAUGUGUGGCCACAGCUUCCAACACAGUGUGGAGUUAACUAGCCAUGAAGGGCUUCACGUAGCCGAAAGCCCACUCAUAUGUAAUGAUUGUGGGAAAACCUUCAGAGGAAACCCUGAUCUUAUCCAGCAUCAGAUAAUCCAUGCUGGACAGAAGUCCUUCAUAUGCAAUGAAUGUGGAAAAUCCUUCAGUCAGAAUUCAUUUCUUAAAAGUCAUCAGAGGUCUCAUGUGAGUGUAAAACCCUACCAGUGCAGCGAGUGCAGGAAAACCUUCAGUGUGCAUUCUAACCUCAUUAGGCAUCAGAUUAACCACAGUGGUGAGAAGCCUUAUGUAUGCAAUGAAUGUGGAAAAGCCUUCAGCCAGAACUCAAGCCUUAAAAAGCACCAGAAGUCUCACAUGAGUGAGAAACCCUAUGAAUGCAGUGAAUGUGGGAAGGCAUUCAGGCGGAGCUCAAACCUCAUCCAGCAUCAAAGAAUUCAUUCUGGAGAGAAGCCGUAUGUGUGCAACGAAUGUGGGAAGGCCUUUAGGCGGAGCUCAAAUCUCAUUAAACACCAUAGGAUUCAUACAGGUGAGAAGCCUUUCCAGUGUAAUGAGUGUGGGAAAGCAUUCAGCCAGAGCUCACACCUGAGGAAGCAUCAGAGAGUUCACACUGGAGAGAGACCUUAUGAGUGUAAUGAGUGUGGCAAACCAUUCAGCCGGGUUUCCAACCUCAUUAAGCAUCACAGGGUUCACACUGGAGAGAAACCCUAUAAGUGCAGUGACUGCGGGAAGGCCUUCAGUCAGAGUUCAAGCCUCAUUCAGCAUCGAAGAAUUCACACUGGAGAAAAACCUCAUGUGUGUAAUGUGUGUGGAAAAGCCUUUAGUUACAGCUCAGUGCUCAGAAAGCACCAAAUAAUCCACACAGGAGAGAAGCCGUAUGAAUGUAGCAUCUGUGGGAAGGCCUUCAGCCACAGUUCGGCUCUCAUUCAGCAUCAGGGUGUGCACACGGGUGACAAACCCUAUGAGUGUCGGGAAUGUGGAAAAACAUUUGGUCGGAGCUCCAACCUUAUCCUUCACCAGCGCGUUCACACUGGGGAGAAACCCUAUGAAUGUACCGAAUGUGGAAAAACCUUCAGCCAGAGUUCAACUCUCAUUCAGCAUCAGAGAAUCCAUAAUGGAUUGAAACCUCAUGAAUGUAACCAGUGUGGUAAAGCCUUCAACCGAAGCUCAAACCUUAUUCACCACCAGAAAGUUCACACUGGCGAGAAGCCAUACACAUGUGUCGAAUGUGGUAAGGGCUUCAGCCAGAGUUCACACCUUAUUCAACAUCAGAUAAUCCACACUGGCGAAAGGCCAUAUAAGUGCAGUGAGUGUGGGAAAGCCUUCAGUCAGCGUUCGGUCCUCAUCCAGCACCAGAGGAUCCACACCGGUGUGAAGCCUUACGACUGCUCUGCUUGUGGGAAAGCCUUCAGCCAGCGGUCCAAGUUGGUCAAACACCAGCUGAUCCAUGCUAGGGAGUGAAACAGAGCUCCAUUCCCGACUCCUCUGGCCAUGUCCCAGCCUCACCCACUUCCCAGACUUGAAGCCAGGCUCACUUGCUGCCCUGUAAACCCAUAUCCCACUGUCCAAAAAACCUCAACCCUCCUUCCCCUGUCAUCAUUCCAGCCUCCUGUGACCUCUUGUUUCUUGUUUGUUUUGUUUAUACAUUUUGUUAUCAGACUGCCACAUUUAUUAGGAGGAAAAGGAUGAUAGAAGGUGCAUAUUCAUGAAUAGAGUUUAUUACUAUAAUCAAACAGAACCAAAAAAGUAAACUGACAUUUGGUUCAAAAUAACAACAGUAAUUCUUUUAUUUGGUAAUUAUUCAUAGUGAGUUCUUUUCUAUAGUUAUAAUGAUACUCUGUUUACAUAUGUCAGGUGGAGCUUUUCAGUUUGAAUUAUAGUCAUCCUUCCCAGAAGUGGUGUGUAGUCAUCACCACUGACCCUCCCUUACAGUCACUGGAUGCAGGACCCCUUCGCCCCCCUUGCCCUUGUGCCUGAGUCUGAGGUCAUGCUUUCUGCUUACAGUUCCACUCAGGGUUGCUGCACAAGUACACAUGCAGGUGUUUCCAAACUUCCCAGCUCUGUGCCUUAUGGUCCUGGCUGUUGGCCCCACAGAGGCCUGCCCUCUCCAUGCCCCUCCUGUUCUCCCCACAAGUUCCCAGGUUGUUUUCUCCCAGGCCCAUUCAUCACCAGACAUUUAUGGAGGACCUGUGAGUGCCCCCAGUAGGUGGGGACCGGCCUCCUCAGUUUCCCAGAGCUGUGCCCUUCUCCGUGAGCAGGGGGAGUUGGCCCAGAAGCAACACAUCUGCCACGAGAGAGGCCCCUGGGUGCCAGCCACCAGGUCUCAAUUUAGGAGUAUCCUAGGAUGGGUGGACGGAGAAGCACUUCCCUCAUGGUUCAGGAGGAAAGGCAUUAAUGGGCAGAUGUAGUCAGGUUUGCAGUUGAGGUAAGAAGAUAAGGGCUUGGCUUCUCUGCUUUCGAGGAUGUAGAGGCAGAGUCAUCAGUUGCAAAUGAGGAGGGAGAGGUUUGAAGAGAGAAGUAUGUGAAAGUUGGAUCAAGGGUGCACAGGUUGGUUCCAUGGGCUUGGGCUACAGUGGGCUGCCUACCCUUCUCUCAGAGGCCAUCAGGGUAGCCCAUCACUACUCACUAACUCCCCUCCACUUCAGCCCUGCUUUCCCAAGGCAAUACGCUAGAUAACAAACUGUCACACUUGCAGUUUGGUGACAGCCUUGUUCUGUUAUCCUCAUUUGCUCAUCUUUCCACUCCAUGGAGACCUCCAUCUGUUAACCCUCAUUCUGUCUCACCGUCAGGCAAUCCUUUCUGGCUUCACAUUCCCCAUUGUCCAGCCUGGAUUCCACAACCCCACCCCCACCCCCCAGUGAAUACUUGUGAGAUACUUACUACAUGCCAUUCAUAGGGACACAGCAAGAAACAAGUCUGUCCUUGAGGUCAGUGGGUAGAGAAAAAUGGCCUAAUGGUCAUGGUUGUCAUGAGGUGAAAGGAAAGCAGGAAACAAGGUGUGGGUGUUUUGGCAGAUUCUGUUUUAAAUGGGGGCUGUCAGAGCAGGCCUUGCCACAAUGCCCUUUGAGUGACAACUUGAAGCAAAUGAGAAAAUGACCAGUGAAAAUGGGGGAGUGGGGUUGACAGCAAGAAUAGCUGGUUUUGUUGGGAAGCCAGAUCUGGGGUAUUAGGAAUGUGCAGAUUAUGACUGGCUGAGGUGGGACUCACAAGCCACCCACACGGGUUGGCAGGUAGCUCUCUCGUUAUCCAAGCUCCUGCUUUGGGAAAGUGAAAACCUAGAGUCUUUUUUGAUUGAAGGCGCAGUUUCAAUACACUUACACAAAGGAA